AUGGGGGCCCUGCGUCGUGGUAAGGGGGCUCAGCGGGCUCGUGGGACGGCGGUGCAUCACCGCGAUGUGCCAUGGGUCUCUAUGCCUAUAUCCUCUGCGUCUGAAGCAGUCAAUGAGACGACCGAGGAAGGAUUCGAGGGUCUUGACAUGACCGGCGACGACUUUCUCGGUCUGCAGGCUGCCGAAGGUUUUGACGUCGUAUAUGAGACGGAUCCAACGAGCAAGAACAAGCGCAUGCGCAUAGUCAAGGUUGAUGACCACAGAAAAAAAAAGGAUGCACGUACGGAGUCCCGCGUGCCAGCUCAGAGCGACAAGAGCCGUCCAGUGACCAAGGCCGAGCCAUCGGCCGAUGAGGACGAUGUACAGGCCGGCAUGCCCGAGAAACCGGCCGCCAAGAGAAAGGCGAAGCGCCAUGAAGCAAUCUUGGAUGAUUUGGAUGUGGGAAAGGCACUCCAAAUGGCGCGCGAGCAAGAGCUGCUCCUCGACGACGAUGCGGGCGACGACGGGAAAGAGGCCGCGGAGGCAGCUCUGCCAGGCUGGGCGUCGCUGCCGUUGCACCCUCGUUUGAAGCUGGCUCUCUCGAAGCUUAAUUUUCAACAACCGACACAUGUGCAGGCGCAAGCGAUUCCCCCAUCCAUGGGGGUGGAUGGCGCGCCGCGCGAUGUCGUGGGCAUUGCUCAAACCGGUUCGGGCAAGACGUUGGCGUAUGGUCUUCCUAUUUUGCACUACAUCCUGGAAAACUCGGCGAACUCGACGGAAGCGGAGCGGCCGCUGGAUGCACUGGUCCUGGCCCCAACCCGUGAGCUCGCGUUGCAGGUGACUGCGCAUUUGCAAGCGCUCACCGAGGCGGGUGGUCGCUUUGCGAACGUGGCUGCUGUGUGUGGUGGAAUGUCUGUCCAGAAGCAACAGCGGGUCUUGCGGCAGCAUGGCGGCUCGCAUAUCAUUGUGGCCACUCCUGGUCGUCUGUGGGACAUGCUCAAGCACGACGACGCCCUGGCACUGCGUGUGCGUCGAGCACGCUUCCUAGUGAUUGACGAGGCGGAUCGGAUGGUGGAGGCCGGGCACUUUGCCGAAAUGGAUGCCAUCCUGGGAAUGGUGCGCCGGACGAAAGGGGCCGUCGUGGAUGCCAACGAAGAGAUGCAAACGUUUGUGUAUUCUGCGACGAUGGCCAAGGCGUUGCAGACCAACCUAAAAAAGGCGAACUGGCGCAAGAAGCAGCGCCAGUCACAGCCCAGCAACACCUUGGACGACCUAUUAGCGCGCGUUGAUUUCCGGGACGCAGAGCCACUGGUCGUGGAGCUGGUGCCGGAGCGCCAUGUGGCCGACACACUGUGGGAGACCAAGGUUGAGUGUGUGGGAAAGGACAAAGACUCGUACUUAUACUACAUCUUGCUGCGGUAUCCUGGGCGCACGCUCGUCUUUCUCAAUGCAAUUGAUGGUGUGCGGCGACUUGUGCCAUUGCUCACGACGUUGGGCAUCGCUGCAUUCCCGCUGCACGGACAGCUGCAGCAGCAGCAGCGGCUAAAAAACCUGGACCGUUUCCGCAAGACGCCCAAUUGCGUCCUCCUAGCGACGGAUGUGGCAGCCCGUGGUAUCGAUAUCCAGGGUGUGGACCACGUGGUGCACUUCCAGCUGCCCCGCUCCGCAGACACGUACGUGCAUCGUGCUGGGCGUACCGCACGCGCGGGUCACAUUGGUGUGUCGAUCGCGCUCAUUGAGCCGUCUGAAAUGCGCCUGUGGCACAACAUUUGGCAGGCGCUCCAGCGGGCGGACACAGUAGCGGCGCUACCGGUGGAAUACGCCUUUAUGAACCCAAUUCGCGAGCGUCUGGCCGUAGCCAAGGAGAUUGACAGGCUCACGCACGUGCAAACCAAGGCGUCGCACGAUGACGCCUGGCUGCGCCAGCUUGCGGUGGAUGCUGAAUUGGACUAUGAGAGCGAUGCAAGCGAUCCCGAUGCGGACCACGUGGGGCGCAAACGCAAGCGACACGCCUCGCCCCCCGGGCUCGCGCGGCUCAAGCAGCAGCUGGCCGAGAUGCUGGCGCGGCCCCUGCGCGCACGGGGCGUAAGCCAAAAGUACAUUACCAACGAUGCUGGCAGGUGA